AUGGUUAGUCUUUCGUCCAUCUUGGUUCUAUUGAGUAUUAAUGCUGAUGGGUUGAAGCUCAAGCUGCCACAGGGCAUCGCCAACACUUUCCGACAGUGGCCCGAGGCGCCACUAUACCACUGGCCAGAAGAAGAAGGCCUCGAGUAUGAAAGCGUCACGUUCCCCUCUGAGGACGGCGUCCCACUUGAGGGCUGGUUCUUUCCAUGCAAAGGAUCUAACAAGGUUCUCAUCAUGAACCACCCUCGUCUUUUCAACCGAGCCGGCCUUCCUUCGCACAUCGAGCCCUGGAACACACUCACAGCACCUUCUGGCAAUAACAUUGACGUCAACUUUAUUCCAGACUACAAGAUCCUGCACGAUGCCGGAUACAACAUCCUAACUCAUGACUUCCGCAACUAUGGUCUCAGUGGCAGAGCAAACGGCGUCCUCUACUCUGGCGGACGAUAUGAGUCACGAGAUGUAAUUGGCUCCAUCCGCUAUAUUCGUAGCCGACUGGACACGCGCAACAUGACCCUUGGCCUGUUUCCCCGCUGUAUGGGUGGCAACGCAGCCUUUCAUGCCAUAUCGAGGCUGCCCGAAGAGUUCGAGGGCAUCCGCGUCAUCGUCACACCACAACCCAUCUCAGCCAACAUGUCUACGCGGGUAGAUCUGGAGCGUCGCGGCAUUCCACUGAGCUAUAUAGACGAGCUGGAUAAGAUGGUCUUCUGGCGGACGAGUCUUCAUCUUGAACAAUACUCGCCUAUCCCCGCGGCCAGAAGCGUGAGAAUCCCGACAUAUAUCUAUCAAGUGCACGACGACAUCAACACUCGACCAGAAGAUGUGCAGGCUAUCUUUGAUGCUAUUCCGAUUACCGAGAAGAAGCUUUUCUGGAUCGAAAACACCACUCGGCGCUGGGACGCAUACCUCCACUUCCAGCAACAACCAGAGGAGAUCUUGGCCUGGCUGAAGAAGUACAUGAACUGA